AUGAAGGUUUACCUUCCAGAUGCUCCCCUCACUCUCUUCCCAGAGAAAAUGAUCAAGGAAGACUACCAUCGUGCAAAGAUGCAACUUCUUGAAGGUAUCACUGUGCGGGCUGUAGUUCCUGAGGUGUGGAGUCUUACGAACUCAGGAAAGCCCUCUAGACCCCUGGCAGCUGAGAAAAAAGUGAUAUCUGCUCUCUAUUUGGGAGAAAAAGAAGAGGACAAGAAAGAGAAGAAUCCAUACCUAGACCCAAUCCUGGAGGAAGAGGAGGAGGAAGAUGAGAAUGAUCUUGGAGAUCCAGCUGUCCUCAGUGCUAUUCAUAGUCCCAAGAAAAGUCUGGUCAACUCUCCUGGAGGGAAGAUCCCCCGAGUUCUAGGAAUGUCAACCCCCUCCUUGCUGUGGGAGAUCCCAGACUGCCUGUCACCAGUUCCCAGAACCAACUCACAAGUGCAGCACAUUGGAUCUCAACUAUCCUCACCAGAUCCAGCAUUCUUCUGCAGCUCUCCCACUUCAGUGUUCCCUAGAUUCAGCCAUCUGACCCAGUUCCACCCUCUGCACCAAAGAAUCUUACAGAACCAACAGCAUAGUCAAACACCAAGUUCCUCAGCCAAGAAGCCUUGGUCUCAGCAAACAGACCCCUAUGCUGGCCUUAUGACCCAGAAGGAGAAGGACUGGGUGAUAAAAAUGCAGAUGACUCAGCUGCAGAGUGACAACUCCUACAUGGAUGACUAUUAUUACCAGGAAUAUUAUAAGAAACUAGAGAAGGAGCAAGUGGAUGAAGAACUGCUUGGUCAAAGGAGCCCGGCUGAAUCUCACAAGCUGGUCACAACCCACAUUCAGAAGGCGAAGGCUGACAAAUCAAUGGUUCGAAGAGAGGGCUGCUUGGGCCAGGUAACUGUAUCUACAUGUUUUAGCCCUCGCCGAGCUAUAGAUGCUGUACCUCGUCGUCUUCAGGAACAGGAUACAGGUGCUACAAGCAGUCAGAAGUUGAGAGUUUUGUACCACAUUGAGAAGAUGUACCAUCAGUUACUAGAGAUAGAGGAAGGUCAGGAAAAUCGGCCUCCACAACCCUGUUCUGAGAAGCAGAGAAGCAAGGUUGAGAAGCUCUUCCAGGCCUUGAAGUCCCAGGAGCUGAAUAAUACAAAGGAAGCUACUGAUGGAUUCCUGCAGGUGCUCUCUGUGAGGAAAGGAAAGACCCUUGUAGCUCGGCUGCUCCCUUUUCUGCCCCAGGAUCAUGCUGUUAACCUUCUUCUAGUUAUCAUCCAUCAUCUGCCCAUCCUGAUUAAGACAGACAUAGCUGAUCAGGCCUUACAAAUAUUGUUCAAACCUCUGAGUAAAUGUAUAAGUCAAAUGACCUUCUCUGAACUUCUCCAAGGACUUCAGGGACUAAUACUGCAACCAUCUGGCUCCUCAAAGCAACAAAUCUCUGUGGUGCUUCAGAAUCAGUUUGGAAUAUCUUUGCUCUAUGCCCUGCUGAGUCAUGGGCAACAGCUGAUAUCCUUGAGUUCUACCCUCAAGGAACACAACAGUGACUAUACAUCUUGGACAAACAUGGUGGCUUUGAUUGCCUAUGAGAUAGCUCAGAUAUCUACAAUCUCGCUGGCAAAACCCCUCAACUUCCCAAGCAAUGUUAUUUCCCUGUUCUGCUGCCACAUUGCCAGACCACGGGCACAGCAGUGGAGGCCACGAUGGAGCUUGCCAGGAUCUCCUGAUCUGUUAUGGAAUACACACUUCUUGGAAAAAAUGUAA